CUGCUUCUGAGAAGGAGCUGCCUUUGUGAUGGUAUAAAUGUUGCAUUUGGUUGUUCUCACAAGAAUUUAUUCAUUGCUCUCGUGGAAUUCUUUGAUACCACACUUGCUGGCUCAAUUAUCGUUUGGAACAUUGAUCAAAACUUCGGUUUGUAGUGAAGGAUUUGAUUUGAUCCUUCAGUUGGAAAAUGUGUAUAUUUCGAAAAUAUUUCUCAUUGCUCUUGUCAACAACCAACUACCGGAACAUCAGUUGUUGGAAAUUAUGCGGUAAUUUAGAAAAAAACAUGGAAUAUCCUAUAUAUUAUUUUUCAGGUAAUUGUUGCGACUCCAGUUCCACCCAGUUCCUCAAGUUGUCAAGUGACCGCGGGAAGAUAUUCGUUUUCAAAUCAAGGAAGAGAUUUAAAAGAUCAAAGGCAUCAGGGAAUUAUUGUAGUUGAUUUUACCAUAUAUCAAGGUGAGGGAAAAUUUCCAAGAGAAAUUCUGAUAUUGUAAUUUGAAACUGAUAAAUAAUUAUUUUUCUUGAUUUUUUAUUCGAAAAUCUUGAAAAAUGAUUAAUUUUAUCAGUUACAACUUGGAAUUUCAGUGGAGAUGCGGAAGCUAUGCCCAAUUUUUGAAUUUUUAGAGAAAAACUUUAAAUUUUGAAUAAUAAAUUAAUUGAACCUUUUUUUCAGAAUAA